AUGCCACUUAAUUGCGGAACAUGCUCCGAACUCAUUGAGGCAGCCCCGAAUUACAUCAUUAAAUGCUGUGCCUGUUCAAAUACGUUUCACGGAAAAGAAGAUGGCUGUGCAACAGUGACAGUGACAUCAUGGUAUAAAAAGUCACCGGAUAAUAAAGCAACGUGGAAAUGUCACAGUUGCGGAGGUCUACCCCUUAAAAAUCAGGAUAAUAAAAGGAAACUUGACGACGGAAGUAAUAAUGGUGAUAUAAGCUCAGAUGAUGACGAGAGUACCGUUGAGAAUCAGAAUAAAGUACGUAAAAUAAGUUCAGGAAACCACGAGCUCCUGAAGAUGAUGGGAACAUUAAUGGAUAAGAAGUUUGAAGAUCAUCUAAAGCCUAUAACUGACAAGCUCGAAGAAAUGAGCAAAUCGAUCAAGUCUCAAUCAGUGGAAAUUGGGAAAAUUGAAGAAAGAGUUGGAAGACUAGAGAAGUCUGGCUGUCCAAGUUGUCAGUCCCUGCAGAACGAAGUUACUUCAUUGAAUCGGAAUUCUUGGUUUCAUGCAGCUCAACUUGUUGCCCUUCAAAACUAUACCAGAAAGGACAACAUUAUUUUUACCAACAUUCCAUAUUCUGAAGAUGAAGACCCCUAUGUAAUUGCGAUAAAGGCAGCCGAAAUUGCUGGGGUUAGUGUUGAUCGCAAUGCCAUUGUUGACUGCCAUAGGUUGCCUGCAACAAAAGGCAAUGAUGGUAGACCUCCCUCGUUCAUUGUGAAAUUUGUUAAUCGUGAAAUAAAAAGAGACAUUAUCCACGAGUAUCGCCGUAUUAAACCAAGAGCGAAUUGUUUUGGUGGUUCCGAAUCUGUGAGCAUUUAUGCAAAUGAGCACUUAGCUCCAGCUACCUCUGCACUGUUUCGAGAGGCAAAGAAACAGCUCAAACUUGUCUUCGACUACGUUAGAGUGGCCAAUGGUAUGGUCUACGUUCAGAACAAGUCAUCUCCGCGCAUAAACAUCGUGUCAAUUGGCCACAUUGGAGAACUGAAGGCCUCAGCUCAAGCCAACAGGGAUAACCAGUAA